AAAAACUAAAUAAAAAAAAAAAAGAAAAGAAAGAAAGAAAGAAAGUGAGUGCAAAAACAAAAGAGGAAGAGGAACACUGUUAAGAGCGAUCGAAAAGCUUCGCACUCACACAGAGGAAACAAAGCUCAAUACAUAAUUUCAGCAAACAAAAUAAAUUCAAAAAAGGGGGAAAGAAAAGGAGAGAGAAAGAGAUAUAUGUGUAUACAGAGAGCGCCAUAAGCCAUAGUCGAAGCUUCGAAGAUUCGGAAUCAGCAAGUUCCGAGGUUCGAGAUUUCUAUGCAAAUUCUCUGAACUGCGCUGAGGUCAGAGCACAAUCAAUAAUAAACUUCAAAGCUUUAUUUACGUCGUUGUUCUUCAUUGUGCUUCCUUCCAUUGUUGCAAAUUUCAAGGGAAAAAAAAACUCUGGCGUUGCUCAAUUUCGUUCAACUAAGUCGUCUUUUCAGGAUUUGGAGUUCGGAGCUCUCGAAUUUCGCGCGACAAUGAGGAUUUCUGCUUUGAUGCAAGUGGUGUUGUAAUGCUCGCGCUUCGCGCUUUUACGACGCAACGGGCAUGGUGUUUCAUGCCCCGAGUUUGGUGAUUCAAGCUUAGGGUUUUGAUUUGCCACGCAAUUCGUUGAAUUCAGAGAUGCAACCACAGCAGAGCUCUAGAAUUGAUUUGGUCGAAUUGAAAGCACAUAUUGUAAAGAAGGUUGGAGCUGAUAAGUCGAAGCGUUAUUUCUAUUACUUGGGCAGGUUUUUGAGUCAGAAGCUGAGAAAGAAUGAGUUUGACAAAUUGUGCUUUCGGUUACUCGGAAGGGAGAACAUUCCAUUGCAUAAUCAUUUUAUAAGAUCAAUUUUGAAGAAUGCUUGCCAAGCGAAUUCCGCACCACCAGUACAGCCAUCCAGUACUCCGAAAUCAGUGGCACAUGCUUCUAACAUAUCUCCUAGUAGACAAGAUGGACAUGAACAGAGUGUUACCAACUUCCAAAGUCAAAAUCAAAACGCACCCAUUUGGUCAAAUGGGGUUCUGCCAGUCUCCCCACGCAAGGUUCGGUCUGGAAUGCGUGAUAGGAAGCUUAAAGAUAGACCAAGCCCUCUUGGACCAAAUGGGAAAGUUGACUCUGUUGUUCAUCAAUCCACAGCUACUGAAGACAGUGGUAGUAAGGUUGAAAUGGAGAAUGGAACACUUAGUCAUUGUGAUUAUCAAAGACCCAUACAUCAUCUUAAAGCAGUUGCCGAGCUACCUGAGAAUGAAAUAGGGGAUGUUAUUCAGAGACCUGCCGAAAAGUCAAGAAUACAUGACAAGGGGCCAACCAAAACAUCGAUUGUUGAAGAUGGGGAAGAGGUGGAGCAGUUAAACCACGUCAGUUUUUCCAGAAGUCCCCUGACAGCACCGCUUGGAAUUCCUUACUGCUCUGCUAGCGUGGGUGGGACCCGCAAAGCAGUGCCGGUUAGUAGCAGUAGUGAUUUUGUUAGUUGUUGUGACAGUGGUAGCUUGUAUGAUACAGAUACAUUGAGAAGGCACAUGCAACAGAUUACCAUGGUACAGGGUCUUGGAGGUGUUUCUUUAGAAUGUGCAAACACUUUGAAUAAUAUGGUAGAUGUGUACUUGAAACGCUUAAUCAGGUCUUGUGUUGAUUUAGUGGGCGCUCGGACUACAAAUCAUUCAAGGAAGCCCCUUGUCUCUAAACAGCAGAUUCAGGGGAAGGUCAUGAACGGCAUAUGGCCAAAUAAUCUUUCGCAUGUGCAGAGUGUUGGUGGCCUGGGAGAACCUGAGCCCGAACACAGACCACCCUGCUCUGUAUCUUUGCAUGAUUUUAAGAUUGCCAUGCAGCUAAAUCCACGUCAGCUUGGAGAAGAUUGGCCUCUGUUGUUAGAGAAAAUUUCUAUGCAGUCCUUUGACGAAUAACACAUGUACUAAAGUUUUUCUUCUUAAGCAAAGAUUGGGUCUGUUUAUUAAGGUUCUGUAAGGCUCUGGCAAGUUCGGUGUUCAUUAGCACAAUUAGUUCUGCUCUCAUUGCCAGGAGGAACCAGGUGAGACUCAUCUUGGAAAACUUCUAGCCCUUCCAGACUCAAAUACAGGUUCUGAGUGCUAGUUAAAGGGCUAGUAUGGAUCACAGUUCACAGAUUUAUUUAACUGCAACCAGGGUGCUAUCAAAUCAAGCCCAUGAUUGGUUGUGCUGUUGUAUGUUUAGCAUUGAUGUUGGCUGUAUUUGCCAUUGUUAAAGAUCAUAAGGUUUUUCUUUCUGCUUGCAGCCAAUCUCUUAAUAAAAUUAUCAGGUAGUAAGCCCAUCCCAGGCAUCCACGUGUCACAGUCAUGUGAGUCCAGUUCCCACCAUUUUGUUCGAGCAUGUAAUGUGCAUCUUCCUACAUGAUCGAUUGAUGUCAAUGUUUGGUGGAUUGUAAUUCUCUAGAGGAUUUAUUUUGAAUGUUGUAUGGGCAGUGCAUGCUUUGCUCGGUGUGUCAUGACCAACAUACAAUGUGUAGUGUGAAAAAAACUUGUUCCCAAAAGCUGUUUUCUCUGACAUGUAUUCUUUCCCACUUUGAAAUUCAAAUAUCAAAAUUUGGUAUAAAAAAAUCUUACAUGCUUUUGCCCUCUCAAUCAGGCUCGUUCAUUCAUUCAUUCUUUCUACUCCCUCCCCCCCUUCCUUACUAUUAUAAUGCUGCAUCACAAAAAGAAAAAUUACCAAAGCACACUUUUUCCUGUUUCAUUUUUAUCUCUCUUGGCUGCAUCAAAAUAAGGCUCAACCCCAAGAACACCAGGAACAGACUGUUGACCUAAGCAUUGCAAAGAACCAGGUUGACUGGGGAAGAAUGGAGAUACACUGGAAAAUACCAGGAUGGAUCAAAGAUCAGGGAUCAGCCUCAAAGGAGAACGAUGGAGAGACUGAGAGAACUGGUUGUGAAGUAAGGAUCUCUCAAUCUCACUUUCUUCCCUGUCAUACACAUUUUUCCACACUCCUCUCAGCCAGCUCAUUUCUCAAAUAAACUAAAACGAUGAACAUUUGAUCUCUCUUUCUUGAUUUCUCUCUCAUUAUCUUCAAAGGUAGUGUGGUGAGAAAUGGUGGUCUGGAAGGUCUCUUAGCCAGAGAAGAUUACGCAGAGGAGGACGGAUUUGAAGAACAAGAAAUGGGAGCAAGGGAAGAAUGGCGUCGAGUGAGAGAAACGGCUGCAAUGAUGGGUAUUAAAAAGGUGAUUGAAGGGGUUGAUGGUGGUGACUGUGGAGAGCAGGGGGUCCUAGGUAGGUGUUUUUUAGGGUUAUACUAUUGGGCUCUAAGGGAUGUGAGGCAAUAGCCAAAUUAAAAUGAUUUGUAGGUUUACAACAUUUUUUUUCCAUACAAAAACAUAAGUCUUUUCUGCAUUUUUUUAUAGAAUACUGUAAUAUUAUGGAAUUUAUUGAAUCUUUAUUCAUGUUCAUUAAAUUGGGUUCAUGAUUUCAACAUGGCUUCAAGAAAAGCAGAAGCAGCUAGUUAGUUUUAGGCUCUUCUUGUGUUCCUAAAUUAUGAGUAUUGUUCAAAAAC